AUGCCAUUCCUCCAUGGGGCGGUAGUGAGUGCUGGUCUCAAGUAUCGGUUUAUUAUUGCUCUACUGCUUGUAUAUAUUCUCUAUUCCCAAUGGCGACAUAAUAAUGAUCUCUUCACGAUUAUAGAAAAAGCAGGGAAUGAUUUGACAUUAUGCCAGAACUAUGCCGAAAGUUUGGUGGCGAAGUUACGCGUUGUUUAUGACCAUAAAUUAAAGAUGGAGCAGAUCUACAACUCCAAACGGAUAUCUAACCAAGGAAAGCGCAAAGUGGCCGAACACUUAUGGCAGCUAUGCGAGGAGAAUUUAACAUCUAUCACGGCUGAGCUUGAUCAAUGCCGCAGUGGUAAACGCGACCAAAUCCCUCUCCCAGAUUUGUCGGGAACAGUACUACUUCACCGACUUCAAGGAGAAGUGGAUAAUCUCAGGGCUGUUAAUGUUAGCUUAAAUGAAGUCAUACUAGAAAAAGAAGAAUCAAUCCAGGUCUGUCACAAGGAAUUGGUAGCUAUAAAGAAUUCGCUCUCUUCUUGUCAAGAAAUGGUCAAAAAAUAUGUUGGCGUGAGUGAUUCGUUACCUUCUUAA